AUGAGCGAACAAAAAGAUGACUCAAUUCGGCAAAGGAGUGGGAUGCGUUGCAGCAGGUUAUUGUUGACACUAAUAUUACUGCUCGUCGGAAGCAUAAGUGUUCUCGGAGAUGACGCCUUGGAUCGCCUAAGGGAGCAGCAAACUGCAGAUGAACACAGGAAGUUUUACGUACACUCUAUCACACUGCGUUCCAAUGCAUUGCUAACGCAGUCAGAAAAGGUGAAGAAAUGCCUUGAACUCAGCAACAUAAAAAUAAAGCCCACGGACAUAACGGAGAAUAAACUCUGUGAGCACAUCAUCGAGUUCAACAACUGGAUGAGUGAGCAGCUAAAGGGAGUCAGCGAAAAGGUACGAGGCAUUUACGAGAAGACACUGCACGACGAAACAGUUCCUUGGGAAAUAAUAAAAGAACAGCAAGACAAACUGCUUAGCACUUUGAACGAUGCUGAAAAGAAGGAAUUUACGGAGCUGGUGGAACGUUUUACGAAAAAAGCGGAGGAGGACAUUGUGCUUUACGCCCAUAGUUAUGUCAACAAAAUGUUCUCGUUUACGUUUGGAGAAGUGAUGCCUCAAUACACUAUGUCUGAGAUACCUCAUCCUUGAUUCAAACGAUGUAAUAAAUGCAUUUAUUCAGCUUCUAUUACAAUCCAAUCAAAG